AAUGCGUGCAAUUCUGCAGAGUGCACAGUUCUUCAUGGUGAGAAGCACAGACCCGCCAUGGACUCCAAGUGUUCUCAGCUCCUGCCUUCUGUCUGUACUGUUCUAGCAGACUCGCGGCAACCCGUUUCCGAUGACACCUGUCUAGAGAAGCUGCUAGACUGGUUUAAGAUGCUAACCAACAAUGGUUCUGGCUUGCUGCUGUUGGAAGAAAACCCAUGCUUGACGGAGCUGAUCCUUACUGUGCUGAGACAGGAAGAACCAAAUCCCACCAUCCUUUCCUUCGUCCUGAGACUGGCGGGGUUGCUGGCUGCCUCAGAAAGUAGUUUCCAACACCUCCAGCAGGGGGAAGCCGUGCGCAUGGCCUUUGGAGAAGCCGGGCCUCUCAGUAGCGCCUUGUGGGAAGACACCUCCGUGCGCAGCGGCUGGGUGCAGGGCGCUCACGACAUGCUGCAGCACCCCAGUGCCUUCCGGUUCUUAUGCGACUCUGGAGCCCUAGACACGAUCUUCACCCUGCAGGGAGACCGCAGCUUAUUCGUCGCCUCGGCAGCCAAUCGGCUCCUUGCGUGCAUGCUCAGAUUCUCCGUGCAGUCGGGACAUUCCUGCCCUCUCGGCACGGGCGACAGUGAGUGGCCGGAAUGUGCUCGAAGGAUCGUGUCUCGCCUCGAGGAGUCUCUCCGCUCGCACUCAGCCUCCCGUGCGAACUGCUCCCUGAAGAUGCUCACGACGGUGUUUGAACAGACCCAGGAGGCGUGGACUGAAGUCCUUUGGUCCUCGAUAGACGGAACAAUCAAGUCCCUUCUGGAGGAGGAGUCGGCCCAGGCGGGACACUCGCUGGUGGACCUCUUUCUGAGCAUGGCGAGAUCUCCCGUGUUUAGCUGUCACGAAGGCAGCCUCUGGCAACUGGUUACCCUUGCCCUGAAAUGCUUACACCCAACUCAAGCCGGCUUCCUGGCGCUGGGACUCCUGAAACUCGAGGAAUGCCCCCAGGCCGUUAAGACUCAAGGUCUGCGUAUCCUGCUCCAGCCAGUGGCCUGCGUCGCAAGAGCCUCCUCUCACUCCUCGGAGCUCUCAGGUCUGCUGGAUCAGCCGCCUGCUGAAGGUGCCUCCGUGGAAUCUCUUCUCUCCUCACGGUCCUCGUGCAUCAGUCUCCUGUGCCAGUCCCUGGCUCACCUUGAGGAGAUCCAGCACCUGGCCCACCCGCCUAUGGAUUUCCCCCACAAUCCUUUGCUGCAUGCUACAGUGACUGUGUUACGGGUCUGUGCUGGCCUCGCUGUGCCAACCUGCACCCUGGGAGCGACGAUUGGCAAGAUCCUUAUCGGCUGCUCCCGCGUCCAACGGGCCGCACUCCAUCUCCUCGGAGCCCUCUCUCGGUGGGCGAAUCGCGACGUAUCCCCGGAAGAGACCUUUGACAUCCUUCUCGUCUACCUGCGGAGUCCAGAUGCCAGCCCGACUGUUCUGAAGACGGCUUUCCAAGUGACACUGAAAUGGUGUCUGAGCUUCUCGGAAACAUCUGGCUCCACCGAUGGCUUCCCGUGGCACAAACAGUUUCUCAGAGAUCUGAUGCCCCUGUUGCAGAAACGCCUGUGCAGCCCCAGGUGGGAAGUCCGGGACUCCACCCUGGAGUUUCUCACUCUGGUGAUGAAGCACUUAAAAGGGCAAGAGUGGUUCCGGCAGGCGCUGUCCUCCUCGGAAGUGAUGGCGCUCGCCGAAGGCCUCCUAGACGACCCGGAGAGCUACGUGCGAGCCAGCGCCGUGAGAGCCUUGGGCCAGUCCUCCUUGAUUGCCAGCGCCGGUUCGGAGGUGCCAGGCCUCGAUCAUAACGGGAGUUCCAACGAGGACAGCGUCGCCGCUCGCUUGCUGGGAAUCUUGUCCUCGGACUCCGAGGGCUUCCCCCGCAGAGCUGUGGUCGGCGUCUUCAUCGACUGGCUCCGGGAAGGGCACCCGGCCGCCCGGCAGGACCCCGAACAGUUUGUUUCCCAAGUGAUCCAAGCUGUCAAGGGGGACUUGGACUGGGAAGUGAAGGUCAGCGGCUUGGAACUGGCGGGCGCUUUCGCCGCCCAGUGCUUCCAUCGCUUUGGCUUUCCCGAGUGCCCGUACGCCGCCGACGUCUCUUCCGCCGGCGAGCCUGCCCGUCUCCCGGAACUGCUGCAGGUCUUCUCCCGAGUGAGACUGUUCGACUUCCUCUUCGGAGCACUGGGUGACUGCGACAGGCCGGUGGCGCUGAAAGCCUGCGAGAUCCUGACGGGCGUGAAAGGGAAGAUCGGCACAGGCUGCGGCCUAAACGAAGGGCAGGGGUUGGAACGGCAAGGGAAUGCGUCGCUGGAGGAGAUCUGGAAGAUGGUGGCGCCCUGUGCCUCUGGACCUCUGGGGGGAGAUCGUUCCAGAACCAUUCCCCAAGAUCCGAAGCGCGCGCUGCUGAUUUUAGAGGCGGUCGACCUGGAAGAGUUGGAGGGGGCUCUGGGUAGAAGCAGCGAUCACCUGGAGAAAAGCCCCUGGUCUCUCUUGCAGGAUAUUCUCUCUGCAGGUGGGGCUCCGGAAGACAACGAAGCCGACUGCUACUGAAAAGGGGGGCUGCUGUCAUCCGGAACUCCCCGAGUGUCCGUCCUGGGAUCAGAAUCAAAGUGCGGGGUGGGAGGGGGGCAAAAAACAGGCGAAGCCGCGUGAUGUCCGAGAGAGGCCCGAAGCCAGUUAUUAAGAUGAGAAAUAGAUAUUCUUCCAGAAGAGGUCUAUAAGUGAGUUACUCCUUUCUAAAUUGGCUGGAGUUGGUGGGUUUAAAAGGGCACCGAACAAGUUGGCAGGAUCCAAUUCAGUGAUAGGUCAAAGGGCAGGAUUUUCCGGGAAAUACUCCAGAUGAAUCAGGGAGGUGUCACUCUUGAAACCCGUUGCCUGAUUUUUAUUCAGGAAAUCCUUGGAAAAGCCAGUCUCCAAGCCCUUGAAAGGGGUGCAGAUUACCCUACACAGGAGUACGUGUGUGUUUUUGGCUGGCUAUAACCCCAGUUCCACACGUACGGGGAAGACGUGUGCAAUUUCCACUUGCUAGCGCAUUGAGUGACAAUUGGCACACGGCCUGCCUAAAACCCCUCCUGGAGUUUUGCUACCUAAAAAUGGCCCCUCGGUUUUGGGAAUAGCUUUGCAAAUGCAUCAUGGACAGAAUUGGUCAGGUGGUGUUUAGGCCGGUCGGCUACGAUCCUCGGACAGGAAGCCGACUUGGUGACGGAGGGACCAGGGUUUUCCAUACUGGGAGUUUCUUUUGUUACUAAUAAAACCUCAU